AUGCCCGAACCAGGCAGGAGGCCGCCCUCCCGCCGCCCGGGCUUCCGGAAGGGCCUGCUCCUGCUGGCCCUGCUGGCCGUCCUGUCGCUGAUGGUCCUGCUCCCGGCCGCCACGGCGAAUGAGGAAUGCCCGCCCGGCUGCACCGCCUGCUCGUCCUCCACCUCCUGCGACACCUGCGAUGUGGACUUCAUCAAGAACCCCCACGACGCGGCGAACCCCUGCGUGGGCCAGUGUCCGCCCUCGCACCCGACCAUCCUGAUCGACGACCUGGGCGCGGAGGAGUGCGCGUCCGAGGAGAUCCCCGCCUGCUCGCGCAUGGUGUUCGAAAACUCCUCCUACACGUGCCUCGAGUGCAAUCCCGGCUUCCUCAUCUACGAGCUGGCCUGCGUGUCCUCCUGCCCGAUGGGCUUCUUCGCCGACGGGGUCACCUGCUCUCCCUGCAUGCAAGAUUGCUCCACCUGCAGCAACUCCGCCAGCUGCGACUCCUGCUCUGGCAACCUCUUCCUCCAUAAUGGCACCUGCACCCCCAACUGCCCGGCCGGCACCUACGAGGACGAUAUCGCCGGGGCCUGCACGGACUGCGAGACUGACUGUGCUGCCUGCACCAGUGCCACCGAGUGCACCGCCUGCGAGGAUGGCGCCUUCCUGGAUGGCCAUGCCUGUGUGCCCUCCUGCCCGGGGGGCACCUUCGGCGACAUCACCAACAACACCUGCACCGUCUGCGACGACAACUGUGACGCCUGUACCAGCGCCACCGAGUGCACCGCCUGCGAGCCGGCCUUCUUCAUGCACCAGAACCGCUGUGAGUGUCUCUCCUGCCCGCCGGGCGAUAUCCUGUCCGGCUCCACCUGUGUCGGCUCCUGCCCGGCCGGCUCGUUCCUGCCCACCGGCAAGGAUGAGUGCCAGCCGUGCAUCGACAACUGCGCCAAGUGCGCCGCCGGCACGGGCAUCUGCACGGCCUGCGAGCCGGGCUUCCUCGGGGACUACGCCGCCGGCGAGUGCUACUCCACCUGCCCGGGUGACUUCCUCACGGACGAUCUGGCCAAGACCUGCACGCCUUGUGCGGCGGCGUGCUCCAGCUGCGCGGGCACCGUGGACACUUGCACCGGGUGCCGGGACCCGGCGCACCGCCUGCGCCUGCACACCGGCGAGUGUGUGGCCGCCUGCGACUCCGGUGAGGUGGAGGUCCCGGGCACCGGCGACCAGGCCGGCACGAGCCGCUCCGGUGACAUCGACAUGAGCACCUUCGGCAACAUCAUCGACUGA